AUGCACGAUCUUGCAUAUUAUCGUUCCAUUUCCACUCCAAUUCUGCUAUGGAGUAUCCACGCUUAUUGGACUAAGUUGUCUAUGCAUGCAACCGAGUUUAAUGAGGAGGGAACACGACCUAACAGAACAUCUCAGGUUGUUGAGAUAUUAGAUGGGAUGGAUCCACCUACGCGAGAGUAUAUCAUAGACAAGAUUAUCGAUAUGGCAGGUCCAUCUCGUAGUAUAGUUCGACCUCCAUCGUACAACACAAAACAUAGAGGUCGACCUGUAGGUAGAGAUGAGCAAAGUACACGUCGCAUACCUUCUUUCUCAGAAGCAUCCACUUCAGGAUCAAGGAUUGCGAUAUCGCGAGGGAGAGGGAGAGGGAGACGUGGGAGGGGUUCAGGGGUUCGCAACACUCAAUUUAUAGUUCCACCCAUCGCUGAUAGCUACAUUCAGCGAUUACCUCAGGCUUAUCAGCGUUAUAUUUCCCACAUUGUUGACGUGCUUGGUGAUGGUCGUUGUGGAUUCAGGGCGAUAGCUGCACUAAUCGGGUAUAGUGAAAAUGAUUGGAGUCGAGUACGAGAGGAGCUUAUUGAAGAGAUUCGACAAAAUUAUUAUCUAUACACUGAGAUUUAUCCAGUAAAUGAUUGUGCAAACCAUCUACUAAUUUUACUGAAUUGGUUCGAGCCUACGGCACCAAAGGAUUAUUGGAUGGAGGUUAUGACUUUGGGAGUUGUCAUCGCAACAAGGUACAAUCUUGUACUGCAUACAUUUGAUGAGGAUGUUUACGGUUGUUUUACUCAUUUGCCAUUGAGGUCCCCUCCAGUUCCAGUCGAAUACCGUCGGGAAAUUGCUAUUGCCCGUGUUAACAACGAUCACUUCGUGCAAGUUUUCUUACAACCUCAUUACCCUGUACCAUCCAUCCCAAUAUGGUGGGAGGAGCAUGCAUCGGACGAAGCUAAAGAAUGGGCUGCCAGUUAUGGAACACGUUUGCAAUUAUGGUACGAAGUAAUGGGUAUAAGCACGCCGAGAGCAGCAUUUGGAGGAGAUAUUGAUUAG